AUGGAGACAUCGAAAGAGUUCGAGUUUCGGCCGGCCAAAGAGACAUCGCGGUCGAAAAGUCCCGGUGGAAUCGUUGGUCGGUUGUCGAAUUUCGCGAGAAAUAAGGCUCGACACUCGUUGAGUGAAAAGGGCUCGAAUUCGGUUGGUGGAAGUGGUGGAAGCGGGUUUGAUAAGCCGAGAAAGGAUCUUCUGAAGGAGUUCCACAAAUGCAAAGAAGCACAGGAUCAACGUUUGGAUUUGAGUUCAAUCGAAAUCACGAGCAUUCCAUCACCAAUUAAAGAGCUCACACAACUCACCGAACUCUUUUUGUACAAGAACAAACUUACAUGUCUACCAACGGAAAUCGGUCAACUUGUGAAUCUCAAAAAGCUAGGACUCUCUGAAAACGCCUUAUCUUCUCUGCCCGACUCUCUUUCCUCACUGGAAUCUCUAGAAACUCUGGAUUUAAGGCAUAACAAGCUGACAGAAGUUCCAGCUGUUAUUUAUAAAAUCACAUCGUUGGAGACGUUAUGGUUGAGGUACAAUCGAAUUGUGGCCGUGGAUGAGCAAAUUGGGAAUUUGCAAAAAUUGAAAAUGUUGGAUGUUAGAGAGAAUAAGAUUCGAGAACUUCCGUCUGCGAUUGGGAAGCUGUCGUCGUUGGUGGUGUGUCUCGUGUCCUAUAAUCAUUUGACACGCGUUCCAGAAGAAAUCGGUGAAUGCCACGCACUGACUCAACUCGAUCUUCAACACAACGACCUGUCGGAACUACCGUAUUCCAUUGGAAAAUUGACUAAUUUGGUUCGAAUCGGAAUUCGAUACAACAAGAUUCGUUGCAUUCCGAGUGAAUUGGAGAGUUGUCAACAGUUGGAAGAGUUCAUUGUGGAGAGCAAUCAUUUGCAGUUGUUACCGCCAAAUCUCCUGACAAUGCUCCCAAAGAUCCACACAGUCAAUCUCUCAAGAAACGAGCUCACAGCUUUCCCAGCCGGCGGACCACAACAAUUUGUGCCGACUGUAACGAUAAACAUGGAACAUAAUCAAAUUUCAAAAAUCCCAAUUGGAAUCUUCUCGAAAGCCACGCGGCUAACGAAACUGAAUCUGAAGGAGAAUGAGCUGGUCUCGCUACCUCUUGAUAUGGGAUCCUGGACAUCAAUCACCGAACUGAAUCUCUCUACAAAUCAACUCAAAGUGCUACCAGAAGAUAUUGAAAAAUUAGUGAAUCUGGAAAUUCUAGUCCUUUCCAACAAUCAACUCAAAAAACUGCCCAACCAAAUCGGAAAUCUCAAAAAACUCCGCGAGCUGGAUCUCGAGGAGAAUGAGUUGGAGACGGUUCCAACGGAAAUUGGAUUCUUACAGCAUUUGACAAAAUUGUGGGUUCAGUCGAAUAAGAUUGUCACACUGCCACGAUCCAUUGGAAACUUGUGUUCACUUCAGGAUUUGAGAUUGGGAGAAAAUAAUUUGACGGCGAUUCCAGAGGAGAUUGGUCAUUUGGACUCUCUGAAAUCUCUCUACCUUAACGACAACUCUUCCCUUCACAACCUUCCAUUUGAAUUGGCACUGUGCCAAUCCCUUGAAAUCAUGUCCAUUGAGAACUCUCCUCUUUCCCAAAUCCCACCAGAAAUCACUGCUGGUGGACCAUCGCUUGUGAUACAAUACCUCAAAAUGCAAGGACCGUAUCGUGGAGUUGUGAUGACGGGACAAUAA